AUGUUUAAGAGUGCCAAUGAUCUCAUUAGGCUCAUCGGGGGCAACAGGAGAAGGAGCUUAUACGUUUUUAACCUCGACGGACUUGAUAUCUUGAGGCAGUUGAGAUUCGAGGAGUUUCUCUACAGAAACGCAACACCCAUUGCCCACAAUUGCUCAUUUUUCCUCGUAAACGGCUCACACAUUGACCGGUCAGUUGUUUUAGGCCUCUCUGGGAAUCCCAGUGACUUCAUCAAAAACUUCAAAUUCUGCAAGGACCGUGGUAUCAAGCUCAUCAAGCGCUUCAGCGGAGGCGGCACUGUGCUAAUCGACGAAAACACCGUCACUUCUAGCUUCAUAGCCACGCACUCUUUUGCGCCCUCACUCAUGGCCAACCAAAUAUGCAAAUGGACUUUCGACAAUGUUUAUAGGACCUUCAGCAUGUUCAAGGCCAAUUUUGCGCUGGUCGACGGGGAUUUCGUAGUGAGGAUGCCGAACACUGGUUGCUCUCACAGUCUAACUUCUGGACUACACACUCCUCAUAGUCUAACCAUCAAUGACUCCAGUGACACAUCUCUAGAUAUCACCAACUCCAUUAAUGCCACUACUAACUACGGUAACACUGCCGUCGGUGGAAACGCCCAGGCCUUCAGCAAGCACUCCUUCGUUCAUCACACCUGCUUCGUCUGGGAGGUCUCUCCUCUUAUCGAAAAGGUGCUUCUUAUUCCUAGGAGGAUGCCUAAAUAUCGCAGAAACAGGGACCAUGGCCUUUUUUUACAGAGUGUGUCUCAGUGUCUGAGUGAUAACUCUUCCACCAGGGCCGACUUUUCAAAAAACUUGAGGGAGUCCAUUAACUUUAACGCUGUCUACACUUUCUCAUUCAAGUAUCGGCCACUUGCUAAGGUCGAUAACUUUGAACUCAACGACGCGUUCUUCGACGACUGUGUUAACUCUCUCACUAAGCCAAACACUAGUCAACUAACUUUUUAG